CUCUUUAGGCUUUUCCAGCUGAGCGACUCGGGCUGAGGCGGGCGCAAACGCACGAGAGGGAAAGUCAAGUCGUGCUGGACUGGCGCGAUUUCCUCGCACGGGCUUUCUUUCAUUUUUUUUAUUUUUUUUUUACUAGACGGGAAGAGUCGAACCGCAGCAGAACCAUGCUCCUAACAUAAUGCAACAUGCCGAUCGGAGGUUUGCGAAGCAUGGCUUUCCUUUUAACCUGCUUCCUGGUGUUUGGUGUGGGAAGCGUUUGGGGAAAUGAGCACAGUGAGACCAGCAUCUAUUUGGAUAACAUCACGCGUAUAUUGGAUAGAUUACUGGAUGGCUAUGACAACAGGCUGCGACCUGGAUUUGGAGGUCCUGUCACAGAGGUCAAAACUGACAUCUUUGUCACCAGCUUUGGGCCCGUGUCAGACGUCGAGAUGGAAUACACGAUGGACGUGUUCUUUCGUCAGACCUGGAUCGACGAGCGGCUAAAAUUCGAGGGUCCGAUCGAGAUCCUGCGGCUAAACAACCUGAUGGUCAGCAAGAUUUGGACGCCCGACACUUUCUUUCGGAAUGGCAAAAGGUCGAUCUCUCACAACAUGACCACCCCCAACAAGCUGUUCCGCAUCAUGCAGAACGGAACUAUCCUCUACACCAUGAGAUUAACUAUAAAUGCCGAGUGUCCCAUGCGGCUGAUGAACUUCCCAAUGGAUGGCCAUGCCUGCCCACUCAAGUUUGGGAGUUAUGCUUACCCCAUCAGUGAGAUUGUUUAUACGUGGAAGAAAGGACCUCUGUCUUCUGUCGAGGUGCCACAGGAGUCAUCCAGUUUGUUGCAGUAUGAUCUUAUUGGCCAGACCGUUUCAAGUGAGAGACUAAAGUCAAACACAGGUGAAUAUGUCAUCAUGACUGUUCACUUUCACCUCCAGAGGAAAAUGGGGUUCUUCCUGAUUCAAACCUAUAUUCCCUGCAUAAUGACCGUCAUCCUGGCACAAGUUUCCUUCUGGAUUAAUAAAGAAUCUGUUCCAGCUCGGACCGUUUUUGGUAUCACUACCGUCUUGACCAUGACAACACUCAGCAUCAGUGCUCGUCACUCCCUUCCUAAAGUCUCCUACGCCACAGCAAUGGAUUGGUUUAUAGCCGUUUGCUUUGCCUUUGUAUUCUCAGCCCUUAUUGAGUUUGCAGCUGUCAACUACUUCUCCACCCUUCAGGCCAACCGAGAGCUGCGGAAGGCAGCAGCCAUGAAGGCCGCCGCCCAAGAGGCAGCAGCUGCGGCCGCAGCCCCAGCUGUAGCAGCAGGAAACGAGGGAGAGUCUACCUCAGUGGAUGCCGGGAGUGUGCUGAAGAAGAGAAUGAACUCUGCACCGAUUCUUGAUCGCCCUGCCAAAACUUUCCCCAACCCACCAGUCAAUGCCCAAGCUUUUCUGCAGCAAGGCUCCGCAGUCCCUGCCAACAACGUUCUGACUGGCACCAGCAUCAUUGACAAAUAUUCCCGCAUCCUCUUUCCCCUUUCAUUUGGCGCCUUUAACCUGGUCUACUGGAUCGUUUAUCUCACCAAGGACACCAUGGAGAUGUCAAGGUGAACAUAUGGCAUGGCUAACACAAGACAUUGGACACUGUUUAGGGGUGUGUCUUUCUGGAACACUCACAUUUACACACACACACACUGUAUAGUUCAACAUAAAAAAGACAGACUCUCACCAAGCACUCUUUUAUGCAGCCUCAGCGUUGUGUUUCUUUUCAAGUAGUCCCCUGAACUGGGAGUGUUCUGACAGCAGACGCACCGGCUCCUAUUGCCAACUUGACCAGGAAGCCCAAAGCCAUGAGAGGCCUCCAGUUCUGGAUCCAUUUCAAACAAAACUCCUUUUUCUUUUAUUUUUAUUAAUCAGUCCCCAAUGUCAAGGAAUAAGAGUAAGUUACGUACAUGUUAGUGCUUAUUUAUUUUAUUUUUUUUGAACAGUGUAUACCUCUUGUAUCAGAGCCAGAAGCAGAGCAAAACAGAGGCACUCUGUUGGAUGUACAGCAUUUUGUUCCUUUCUGUGUGCAACAUGCAUGGACUCUCUGUGAUUUAGCAAGUUUGUUUGAAACAAAACACUUCUAUUCCUGAUAAUUAGGAUACAUAUGUGAAAAAGAAUGUAAACCUGACUGGAUUUAUUCUGACCAGUUUAUACGAGUCUUUUGAAGCCUGUUGUUUUUUUCUCAUUUUGUUUUAAUCCUACACUGCUUUUUUCCCUCCCUCUCUCUUUGUCAUGCAUUGGAUAAAACUCUCCCAAAUGAAGGAGGAAUGAAGAAGUGAAGCAUAAAUCUUCAAAA